CACAUUAGUAACAUUAGUAAUCAGUAACAUUAAUCAGGAGGACAGUGAUAUCAGUCGGAGAACUAUAUGAUAUUUGGUCUGUAGGAAGGAACUGCAGAUGCUGGUUUACACCGAAGACAGACAGGCAGCAUCUCUGGAGAGAAGGAAUGGGUGACGUUUCGGAUCGAGACCUUUCUUCAGACUAGAGAGGACUAGGGUGGGUGUUGGUUUAAUUUGCAAUCCUUGCGACUGCUUAUCCAGCUUGCUUACACAGUGCUGAAGAGUGAAACACGAGUCGAGAUCUUCAGUUGUCAAUAACGGACUGCAGGCACUACGUAAUCCACUAAAUCUUUGUGGACAGCUUUCUUUUAGGUUACAUCCUUCAGCGUAGUAUUUUAUCACAGAUUGAUCAUGUCUGCAGCAUCUGUGUCAAAUAAUUCGCUCGUCAAGACUGUGGCCUCUGAAGUUCCCUUCUGUGAUUUCUGUUUAACUUUGGAGAAAAUACAGAAAAGCAAAUCCAGGCCUGAGAAAAGCAAGUAUUUCAAAGACUUCCUGGAUUCAUGGAGAUAUUUUCAUAAUGCUCUUCAUAAAAACGAGGUGAACACCACUGAUUCUUUUUACCCAGCAAUGCGUCUGGUAUUGCCUCAGCUGGAGAGGGAGAGAAUGUCGUAUGGAAUCAAAGAAACUAUGCUUGCAAAACUUUACAUUGAAGUUCUCGGUUUGUCAAAAGAGGGAAAAGAUGCACUUAAACUCUUAAAUUAUAGAACUCCAACGGCCUCGUAUGGAGAUGCAGGUGAUUUUGCUGUGAUUGCCUAUUUUGUUCUGAAACAGAGGUGCCCAAACAAAGGCACUCUGACUAUUCAGGAGGUAAAUGACCAUUUGGAUUCUAUUGCACUUAACAAUGCUGUUAAGAAAAAAGACUUGGUCAAAAAGAGUCUGCUGCAGUUAAUAUGCCAGAGUUCUGCUCUGGAGCAAAAGUGGCUUAUUCGAAUGAUCUUGAAGGACAUGAAAUUAGGUAUCAGUCAGCAAACUAUAUUUCAGUUAUUCCAUGCAGAUGCAACAGAGCUUCACAACGUGACCACGGAUUUAGAAAAAAUAUGUAGACAACUUCACGAUCCCUCAGUAUCCCUUAGCGAUGUUUCCAUCACGCUGUUUUCUGGUUUUAAGCCAAUGCUCGCCGCUGUUGCUAACAUGAAAAACAUUGAAAAGUUGAUGCACAAUCAAGGUUUUUACUUGGAAACUAAACUGGAUGGGGAGCGUAUGCAACUUCACAAAGAUGGAGAUGUUUAUAAAUAUUUUUCGCGCAACAGCUAUGAUUACAGCCAACAGUUUGGUGCCUCCUCAUUGCAAGGGUCUCUCACGCCAUUUAUCCACAAGGCGUUCAGCAGCACGGUGCAAAAUUGUAUUCUUGAUGGAGAAAUGAUGGCUUACAACCCCAAUACCAAAAUCUUCAUGCAAAAAGGAAACCAGUUUGACAUCAAACGGAUGGUGGAGGAUUCGGAAUUACAAACCUGUUUCUGUGUUUUCGAUGUGCUCAUGGUAAAUGAUCAGAAGCUGGCAAAUGAAACUCUGAGAAAAAGACACGAAGUCCUUCUCACUGUAUUCACAACAGCGCCAGGUCGCUUACAGAUUGUGGAAAAAAUGGAAAUAAACACAAAAAAAGACGUUGCGGAUGCCUUGAAUGAUGCUAUAGAUAAACGGGAGGAAGGAAUUAUGGUAAAGGAUCCUUUAUCUGUUUAUAAGCCAGACAAACGUGGUGAAGGUUGGUUAAAGAUUAAACCAGAAUAUGUUGAUGGUUUGAUGGAUGAGCUUGACAUCUUAAUCGUUGGUGGCUACUUUGGAAAAGGCCAGCGUGGUGGAAUGGUGUCUCAUUUUCUGUGUGCCGUUGCAGAGGUUCCUGCUCCUGGUGAGAAACCAUCCGUCUUCCACACCAUUUGCCGUGUAGGUUGUGGAUACACGAUGAAGGAGCUUUACGAUCUUGGUCUGAAACUAGAUAAGCACUGGAAACCUUACCGUAAAAGCAAUUCCCCACCAAAUAUUCUGUGUGCUACUGAAAAACCAGAAGUGUACAUUGAGCCCUACAAUUCGGUUGUCCUUCAAGUUAAGGCAGCUGAAAUUGUAAGGAGUGAUGGGUAUAAAACAGGUUGCACCUUGCGUUUUCCACGAAUUGAGAAGAUCAGAGAUGAUAAGCAGUGGUAUGACUGUAUGACCUUGCAUGAUUUGGAUGAACUGCACAAUAAAGCAUCUGGGAAACUUGCGUCCAAGCACGUUGACCUCAAUGACGAUGAGCCAGAUAAGAAGAAGCGUAAAGCUCUGGCAAAAUCCAAAAAGUUGAUUGGUAUUGCAGAACAGUUUAAGGCUCAAGAUCUAUCGAAUGUCAGCAAAGUAUCUAAUAUUUUUGAGGAUGUUGAAUUUUGUGUCUUAAAUGGCCUUGACCACUAUGCCAAAGCUGAGCUGGAAAAGGGGAUUGCUGAGUGUGGAGGACUGGUUGUUCAGAAUCCUGGACCAGACACUUACUGUGUUGUUGUUGGCACUGCCAAUAUCCGCGUCAGAAACCUUGUCACUUCUAAUGAGCAUGAUAUUGUGAAAGCUGACUGGUUGAUCGAUUGUUUGCAAAAGAGACAUUUUAUACCUUGGCAACCCCAGUACAUGAUUCACAUGUCGCCUUCAACAAAAGAAUACUUUGCUCAGGAGUAUGAUUGCUAUGGAGACAGCUAUUUUGCUGAUCUUGAUAAAAUUCAGUUGCAAGAAAUUUUCCAAAGAAUGGUGAAACCAGAGCAGAAAUUAACAUUGAAAACUAUUGCUGACUUGGAGCAGCGAUACGGAUGGGACCAAUCGCCUGUAAAUAUGUUCAGAAACUGUGUUAUAUAUGUAGACCUAUACAGAACAGUUGGCGACUGCAGUACAAAGACCCACAACACAAGCUUAGAUUUGAGGGUUUUGGAGCUGCGAUUUCGUGGAGCAAAAUGCGUCACAUGUCUGCAGGAAGGUGUCUCGCAUGUAAUCGUUGGUAACGAUACACAACGUCUCCGGGAACUGAAAUUGUGUAGGAGAGAAUUUAAAAAGAAAUUCAAAAUUGUUGUGGAAUCGUGGGUGUCUGAUUCAGUGAAAGCAGGAUAUAUGCAAGACGAGAAAGUUUACUUACUUUAGAAGAUCGUUAAAAGUCAUGGAACAAUGAGUAAGAGUGGGACUAUUCUUAAGAUAGACACAAACAGCUGGAAUAACUCCGUGGGACAGGCCCCAGCUCUAGAGAGAAGGAAUGGACGAUGUUUCGGGUCGAGAACCGUCUUCUCGACCCGAAACGUCACCCAUUCCUUCUCUCCAGAGAUGUUGCCUGUCCUACUGAGUUACUCUAGUGUUAUGUAUCUACCUUUAGUUUAAACCAGCAUCUGCAGUUCCUUCCUACACAUUGGGAUUAUUCUUAACCUGAGCAAUGUAGGGCUCUGAGGUAAAGUCAUCCAAUUUCACCACCUGCAAAGAACUUAACUGAAGAUCAGAUUGUGUCUGAACCGCUGUUUUAUAAAUGCUUUUCUUUUUUGUCAAUACAUAAUUUUUCCAGGCAGAGAUUGCUACGUGGCUCCUACUCAUUCAAAAAGUUGAGCCUCUUCAUACACUUCAUAAACUACAAUGCCCAUCAUUACAUGCAUUGGAUGAUAUCGGACAGUUAAUCAGUCAACAUGCCGAUUACCCCAACAUAAUGUGUUUGAUUAAAUCCAACUCUUUAAUUUUUGCGCGUUUAAACUCAACCGAUAGGCAUCUUAACAGCAGGAAGGAUCAACAUGAAAGCACAAUAUCAAGUUAUCUGUCAGCCGCAUUUAGUUAACAGGUCAUCAGUUUUGCCAGAUGUGCCAAGGGCACUUGUGUAUGUGCAAAGAUGAUCACACCCAAAUUUAUGGAGAUGCAUUUUGCACGCACAGCAAUAAACUAAAAUGAUCGCGUAUAAUAAAAUAUUAAUGGAACUUGAUUUCCGAGUUGUGCUGCCUUACUGCGGUUCUUAGCCAUGAGGCUAAGUAUCAUCAGAAUAUUUGAUUUUCUUCAAUGCCACAAGGACAUAAAGCAGCACUUCUUCAAUUUUGCCUUCAAACUAAAUCACGUUUAUUCUAACAUGAGCAUGGCAGGCCACAAACUCUUCACAGCAAAUAUCUAAUGACAAUUCUCACACCAAUUAAUUUCUGAAAUAAAUGUCAUGAUUUGAGAAUGUAUCCAAUACAUAUAUAAAUAGUGUAUUUUCAAAACUCGGGUCAUUCAUAAAAUGUUAUCCCUGUCCUUUUUUACUUGGAAAUCUAAUUUCUAAAGAGGAGUGAACAGAAUCGUGGUUGUGCAUCACCAAAAAUAUUGAAAAUAUAUAUUUUUAAGUAUAAUGGAUUGCCUCUCUUUCCAAAGGGAGAAAAUUAAUAUUAAGAUGAAUAUAUUGAGUAUGUGAUUAAAUUAUAGUGAGUGAAUUUCAAACUUGUAUGCAUGCUAGUCUAUAUAUAUUUGUGCUGAUUUUAUCUAAGUUUAAAGAACUUGUAUUUUGAAAUAAUUCAAUAAAGAACUUGUUUAAAA